AUGCCUCCCAAGAGAGCGCGCAAUAGCUCGCCCGCGACCGAACGACGCGAGCGGCUGACUCUGGCCAAACUGGCCAGCUAUGACGAUGUCGCAACCGAUGCGCUGGUGGAUCAUGCUUAUUUUUGGACCACUACUCGAAAGAACCGCACCAAGUAUAGCCCUGCCCGCGGCAUCCACGACGACGACAUUGGGCGCAUUCUUCUCCACGAUGUCAUUGUCAACAAGGAUAUCCCAGCCGCCGAACGCAAGUUGUUGGAUAUCUCAGGCCUCAAGAAAUACAUGGCAAAUCUCCGCAGCCCACGGGAGAAGGAGUGGUUUCGCCGACACAUUCGCAAGUACAUUCAGAUGUAUCUUCCAGACUGUCCAUUCGAGGUCACCACCACCAACCGAUACAUCAUCACGCAACAUGAAGCUGCAAUUUGUGCUCGCAGGUCUAUCAAAAAGGGCGAGGAAAUAAAAUACCUGAGUGGAACGCUCGUGUCCAUGACACACGAAGAAGAGUUGGAUCUUGGCUUGACCCGUAAAGACUUCAGCAUCGUGAUGUCCAGUCGCCGCAAGUCCCCAUCAUUCUUUUUGGGCCCUGCUCGCUUUGCCAAUCAUGACUGUGACGCCAAUGGUAGUUUGACGACCCGGGGAAACGAGGGCAUGUCUGUCUUGGCUAUGCGCGACAUUUAUGAGGGGGAAGAAAUCACGGUCUCGUAUGGUGAAGACUACUUCGGCGUUGAUAAUUGCGAGUGUUUAUGCCUCACCUGUGAAAGAGCCGUCCGAAACGGUUGGUCUACGAAUACAGACUCGGACGCCAACAGCAAAGAGUCCAGCCCUGUGUCUGAUGCAGCACAGGUUGAAGAUGGCGCUGCAAGCAGGAAGCGCCGACGCAGCUCGGAAGUGGAUGAUUCUGAUAGCUCCUCGUCUGUGACUUGCUCUACCCCGCGCAAACGGGCGAAGUUCCAGCGGCAGAUUUCCAAAUUGCGAAAGGAGAUCUCCGCUUCUGAACUUGCUGGCGAAUCAGCACCAACACCUGGAUCGGACGCCACCCCUAUUCCGGAUACUGUUCUUAUACCAACGAGUAUUUUGACCAAAUCAUCGCCUCAAGUGGCCAAACUGAAGGAGGAGAUUUCAGAAUUAACUGCAGAAGCAUCACCUGACUCACUAACGCCGGGCUCGCUCGCUGCAGAAUCGGGGUUGUCAGGUGUUGUUACCCCAAGCGAUAAAAAUGAGGACAUUCGCAAAAAUCCAACCCCCACAGGUUAUGGGUCGCCCAAGUCCAACGCCGACGAAUCUCACCGAUCCUCGACGUCGACUUCCCCCACAACUGUGGACGACAUUGGAGCCCGGAUCAAAACCGAGGAAAGCGCAUUCGAACCAACUGAAUCAGAAACACCUAACGGUGACAAUCGUCCAGAAGUCUCUCUCGAAGGUCAGCGCGUUUCCACAUACACUAUGGAUCAUGAUCUCCGAGAAGGACCAUCAGACUUACCAGACUCCCUUACAUUAGAUGAUACCAAUGAGACCCCAAUCGAACAGCCUAAGAAGAAAAGGUCAUACAAAAAGCGCCGAUUCAUCGUUGACUCGGUCGAGACUGAGUCGCAAGUUGCCCGAGUCCCCGGAGACUACACCAAGACAUCACGGCUACUUGCUCAGAAGUAUGAUCGCUGGGUUGAGUGCCAAACCUGUGAUGCAUGGUUCCUUCAAUCGAACUCGUAUCUCACACGACGCGAAUGUCCACGUUGUGAACGCCACUCCAAGCUUUAUGGGUUCCAAUGGCCCUACACCGAUAAAAAUCCGGACGGGGAAGAGCGAGUUAUGGACCACCGCACAGUCCAUCGGUUUUUGUCCCCCGAUGCACAAAUGCGCAUUAAUCGUCGAGACCGCGGCGUGAGCUUUGGAAUCACUCCCACGCCUGAACUGUCUGACACGCACACCCCCGAAACGGAGACUAGUGACGCCAAUGAGUCUCGCCGCGAUGCGAGGGCAAGCCGCCGGCGCACUAGAGAGCUUCGUAUGACUAUGUAA